AUGGCUUUGGAACACAACCAGUCAACAGAUUACUAUUAUGAGGAAAAUGAAGUGAAUGGCACUCAUGACUAUAGUCAGUAUGAAGUGAUCUGUAUAAAAGAAGAAGUCAGAAAAUUUGCAAAAGUCUUCCUGCCUGCCUUCUUCACAAUAGCUUUCAUCAUUGGAAUUGCAGGCAAUUCCAUAGUAGUGGCGAUUUAUGCCUAUUACAAGAAACAGAGAACCAAAACAGAUGUGUACAUCCUGAAUUUGGCAGUGGCAGAUUUACUCCUUCUAUUUACUCUGCCUUUUUGGGCAGUUAAUGCAGUUCAUGGGUGGGUUUUAGGGAGAAUCAUGUGCAAAGUCACUUCAGCCUUGUACACUGUCAAUUUCGUCUCUGGAAUGCAGUUUCUGGCUUGUAUCAGCAUAGACAGAUAUUGGGCAGUAACGAAAGCCCCAAGUCAAUCAGGAGUGGGGAAACCAUGCUGGCUUAUCUGUUUCUUUGUCUGGAUGGUUGCCAUCUUGCUGAGUAUACCACAGCUGGUUUUUUAUACAGUAAAUCACAAGGCUAGGUGCAUUCCCAUCUUUCCAUAUCACCUAGGAACAUCAGUGAAAGCAUCAAUUCAAAUGUUGGAGAUCUGCAUUGGAUUUGUAAUACCCUUUCUUAUUAUGGGAGUAUGCUACUUUGUCACAGCAAGGACACUCAUCAGGAUGCCCAACAUUAAAAAAUCUCGACCCCUCAAAGUUCUGCUCACGGUGGUUAUAGUUUUCAUUGUCACUCAGCUGCCUUAUAACAUUGUCAGGUUCUGCCAAGUCAUAGACAUCAUCUACUCCCUGAUCACUGACUGUGACAUGAGCAAACGCAUGGAUGUUGCCAUCCAAAUCACAGAGAGCAUCGCACUCUUUCACAGCUGCCUCAACCCAGUCCUGUAUGUUUUUAUGGGAGCAUCGUUUAAAAACUACAUCAUGAAAGUUGCCAAGAAAUAUGGGUCCUGGAGAAGACAAAGACAAAACGUGGACGAGAUUCCUUUUGACUCAGAAGAUCCUACAGAGCCAACCAGUACUUUUAGCAUUUAA